UGGAUGGAGACGGUGUUGUUUUGAAUUGAAUCGAGUUUAUCUCUCGCGUGUUCAUAUUUUACUUUUUGUAUGUAAAUGUGCAUUGCAUUGAAUAACCAUGGCAGACGAAAGUGCAUUUGAUAAAAAGAAAGCUCAUCGAGCAAAGCUUGCUGGACGGAAAGCCGAGAAGAAGAAAAAGAAAAAUCAGAUAGACCAGUCUAACCUAAGCGCACGACAGCGAAAUCCUAAGGCAUUUGCGAUUCAGUCCGCCGUACGUGCUGAGAGACAGUUUCGACGUCGAGAAGAUGUUAUUGCGAAGAAACAGCAUAUUCCACAAGUGGAUAAAACGCCUCUGGAGCCGCCACCAAUCGUCGUGGCCAUCGUAGGGCCUCCACGCGUUGGCAAGACAACUCUCAUCAACAACCUGAUCAAAAGCUUUAUCAAAACCAACGUGACGAGCACCAACGGCCCCAUUACUAUCGUGACAUCGAAGAAGCGCCGGCUCACGCUCAUAGAGUGCAAUAAUGAUAUAAAUUCCAUGAUAGACAUCGCCAAAUGUGCAGAUCUUGUCUUAUUACUGUGUGACGCUAGUUUUGGCUUCGAAAUGGAGAUAUUCGAGUUCUUAAAUAUCUGUCAAGUUCACGGAAUGCCUAAAAUCAUGGGAGUGUUAACGCAUCUGGAUAUGAUAAAGAAUGCAAAGACAUUAAAAAUGACAAAGAAAACAUUAAAACAUAGAUUUUGGACUGAAGUGUACCCUGGUGCUAAGUUGUUCUACCUUUCCGGUAUAGUCCAUGGAGAGUAUUUGAGGAAUGAGAUCAAGAAUUUAUCCAGAUUCAUAUCAGUUAUGAAGUUCCGGCCUUUAAGUUGGCGGUCGACCCAUGCAUAUGUGCUGGGUGACAGGAUGGAAGACAUCACAAGCCAGGAGUUGAUCCGAAGAGAUGCAAAAGUGAACCGCGAUGUAGUGCUGUAUGGAUAUGUGCGAGGUGUGCCCCUCAUGAAGGAGUCUAUGGUCCACAUUGCAGGUGUUGGUGAUAUGAAAAUAAGUGAAUUAUCAUAUCUGCCAGACCCAUGUCCUUUACCCAGCAGUGAGAAAAAGAGACACUUAAUGGAAAGAGAAAGACAAAUAUAUGCUCCAUUUUCAGGAGUGGGAGGCAUUGUUUACGACAAAGAUGCAGUGUAUAUUGAAUUGAAAGGGUCCCAUUCUCACAAACAUGAAGAUGAAGAGACAAAUGAGAAGAAAGCUUUAUUAAAAAAUGUUGUGGAAACUAAAGAGACAAUUGAUGAGCAAAUGCAGGAGUCAGGGUUUCAAUUAUUCAAAGGAGGAGCUGUCAUUUAUCCAGAUAUGGUGAAAGAUGAUGAGUAUUUGCAACCAAAUAAGAACACUCAACUAGAUAAUGCUGAGGGUUCUGAUGAGUCAGAUUCAGAAGACAAUGAUUCAGAUUCAGAUAAUGAUAGCGGUAUAGAUCAGAAUGAAAAAGAAUCAGAAAAUCCUAAACUUCCAUGGGACAAUGAUAAUUCUGAUGCAGAAGGCCAGGACAAAUCAGAUGACAGUGAAGAAGAGUCAGAUAAUGAUGGAGGUUUUGGAAUGAAGUGGAAGGAAAAAUUAGGAGAAAAAGCAACUGAGGCAUACUUUGAAAGGCAAAAAACAUCUAAGAAUAUAAUGAAGCUUGUCUAUGGUGAAUUUGAAAUUGGGAAUAAAACCAAGGCACAGAAUGAAGAAUCCGAGGACGAUGAUGAAGAAGUAGGAGAGUUUCUACAAAAGGUUACUUCUUCACAGAAGAAAAAGCACAAAGAAAAAGAAAGGCUAGAUGUUGAAGAGUGUUCUUUUUUCUAUGCUCUCGAUAAGCCAAAUCUCAGAGACUGGACUAUUGAAGACAAUAAACAGUAUUUGAUUAAUUGCUUUGUAACAGGUAAGAGAUCAGCUGAUGAAGAUGCAUCAGAACUAUUGAAAUUAGAUGAUGCAAGUGAUGGGGACGAUGAGGAGCUUUUUGGUGAUUUUGAGGACUUGGAAACUGGUGAAAAACAUAUGGCUGAAGAGGAUUCAGAAUGCAAAGAAAAAUCUGGAGAAAAACGAAAGGCAGAACCAACUAAAUCUGAAAUCCUCGACAAAAAGAUGAAAUUAAAAGCAAAAUUUGAUGCAGAAUAUGACAACCCUGAAGAUCAUAGGAUUAAAGGAGACCAUUCUUAUUAUGAAAAUUUGAAAGCAGAAGCCUUAAAACAAUCGGAAUUAAACAAAUCCGUUUUUGAAAACUUGGAUAAUGGUCUUAGAAUUGAAGUUGAAGGGUUUAGACCAGGUUUAUAUGUUAGAAUGUUGUUCAAGAACAUGCCAUCAGAAUUUGUAACAAAUUUUGAUUCAACUUAUCCAAUACUCAUUGGAGCUCUAAAUAUGGCUGAGCAAAACAUUGGUUUUGUUUCGUGCAAAGUUAAGAAACACAGAUGGUACAAAAAGAUCUUGAAGACUAAUGAUCCACUUAUUAUUUCACUAGGCUGGAGGAGAUUCCAAACUUUACCAAUCUACUCCAAAAUAGAAGACGAUUUGAAAUGUAGGUAUCUCAAAUAUACACCUGAACAUGUCACUUGUAAUAUGCAUUUUUAUGGUCCUGUUACUCCACAGAACACAGGUUUCCUCGCCUUACAAACUGUUAAUAACGAUCCUAAUGAAAUCAAACAGCUAGGUUUUAGAAUAGCAGCCACAGGUAGUGUUAACGAAAUAAAUAAAUCUACACAAAUUGUAAAGAAAUUGAAAUUAGUAGGCACACCAUUAAAGAUUUACAAAAAGACUGCUUUCAUCAAAGAUAUGUUCACAACUUCAUUAGAGGUGGCCAAAUUUGAAGGCGCAAGAAUAAAAACAGUUUCGGGAAUCAGAGGUCAGAUUAAGAAAGCAUUGAAUAAGCCUGAAGGGGCUUUCCGUGCUACUUUUGAAGAUAAAAUCUUGAUGAGCGACAUUGUGUUUUGCCGAACGUGGUUCAAGGUCGAUGUCACCAAAUUCUAUGCGCCAGUCGUGAAUCUUUUACUGCCAGUGGAAACGAAGAAUGCCUGGCAAGGAAUGAAGACUAAGGGCCAACUCAAGCGGGAAAAGAACAUUAAGAACGACGCAAAUACAGAUUCAAUGUACACAGAUGUAAACCGUCAGCCUAAAGUUUUCAAACCUCUGAUUAUACCAAAGACCUUACAGAAAGGUCUGCCUUAUAGAUUUAAACCUAAAAAUAAGACGACAACAUUAUCAGGGAAAAAUCCUAAAGACAAAUUCAAGGAUAGAGUAGCGGUUGUUAAGAGUCCUUACGAACAGAAGGUAACUAGUGUGAUGAAGAUGUUAAAGACGAAUUAUGAGAAGAAGAAAGAAGUUCAGAAGGAAGCCACAGCGGAGCGGCUGAAGGCUCACAAGAGACAGCAGGACGAAGAGGAAUGGAGGCGGAUAAAGCGGCAGAAAGAGUUGAAAAAGAAGAUUUGUAGACAAAUCAGUAAAAUGGGUAACAAGAAGAAACCGCAAAUGUGAUUAAAACAAAACAAUGAAAGUGCCUGGUGCCUGGUUGAUUAUGUUCAUGAAAUAUUUAAAAAUGAUUAAGUACUUAAGAGUUUUGUUCUUUUAAGGUGAUGAUAACAUGUUGAGCUAGAUUGAGAUUUAAGUAUUUAUAGUUUUUGAGUGUUAAAUGUUCUUAACUUAAUAUAAUAAUGUUUUGUUAAUGAUGAUAUGUAAA